GCGCUCCAUCCAGCGCGGUCGACCGCGACCGGCGGCCGAGAGGGCCGCUCGGGCUGGCGCACGACCCAGGUGACAUGUCUCUGAUGGUGGCCAGCAGCAGCCUGUUGGGCGGCGCGCCGCCGGCGCCGGCCACACCCGUCGGCCCGGCCCGGCUGGAGGCGCGACGGCGCGACAGCGGCGACUCGGAGGCGCGCUCCACGCACAGCUCCAGCAACAGCACCGCCGAUGACCAUUCGCCCAACAAGAUUUUCGUGGGCGGCAUCAGCUUCCAGACGACACCCGAGAAGCUGCGGGCGUACUUCGCGCCGUACGGCACCAUCCUGGACGUGAUGGUGCUCAAGGACCCGGCCACGAACAGGAACCGCGGCUUUGGCUUCGUGACGUUCGCCGACAUAGAGUCGGUGAACAAGGUGCUCAGCCAGGAGGAGCACAUGCUGGACGGCAAGAAAAUCGAUCCGAAGCUGGCCACGCCCAAGGGACAGAAGGCGAGCGGCGACCUGAUGAUCCCGCGCAAGGUGUUCGUGGGCGGCGUCAGCCAGGAGACCAACUCGCAGGAGCUGCUCGAGUACUUCUCGCAGUUCGGCAAGGUGCUCGAAUGCUCGCUGCAGAUGGACAACAACACGAAGCGGCACCGCGGCUUCGCGUUCGUCACGUACGAGAACGAGGAGCACAGUGCGCGCGUGGUCAAGAAGCACCACCACGUGAUCAAGAACAAGACGGUCGAGUGCAAGUACGCGCAGCCCAAGGAGACGAUCCAGGCGACGGAGCGCGCCAAGCGGGCGCAGCUGCUGUCGGUGAUGCAGUCGGCGGCGGCCGGCGGCUCGCUGACGCCGCUGGCGGCGCACGUGCAGCAGGUGCAGCAGCACUACUCGCGCGUCAUGACGGCCGGCGGGCCGGCCUUCUCGGGCCUGUCCAGCUUCCGGUACUCGCCGUACUCGGUGCCGGUGGCGGCGGCGUCGCCGUCGCUGGGUCAGCAGCUGGGCGGCCUGCCGGCCGGCGUGGCACCGGUGGGCGGCGCGCUCUCGGCGGCCGCCCUCCAGCCAGCCGCGCUCCCCUACCAGUUCGCCAACAUCGACAUGAGCGGCCUGCAGGGGAUCGACUGGGGCGGCGCCGCGCCACUGUACGGCAUGUACACGGCCUAGGUGGCGCUCCACCCGCCCCGCCGGCGGCGGCGGCUGUGAGGAGCGAGAGCGAGAGCGCGAGAGACUGAGCGAGAGCGACGGCCCGGACUAGGUGUGUAUGCUGGAUGUCUUUCAUGGUUGUGGUAGACAGGCAGCGUAGAGUAGCCGCUGGAGGCUCAGCUCAGCUCAGCCACUGUCCGAUUGAGACGACGGCAAGGCGGCGCGCGCGGUAUUGACAAUAGCAUAAGUUCUCAGGGGUUUUAAGUUAUUUAUUGUCAAGUUGGCCCUUGGGUUGUGCGGACGGCGUGGUGGCGACCGACAGUCGGAUGUCCGCUCAGAUCUCAUGUAGAAUGAUUCAGUAGUACAACAAAGCGUCACAUCCGCAUCUUGCCAAACCGUCAUCUCCCGAUUCCUACAUACGAUAUUACCCAGAGCAGUGUACAUAACUGUUGUGCAGCGCUUGCCGAGCUUGUGUGUAGCUGAGGUGUACAUCUGUAGCAGGUCUUCCACUGUCCGAGCUCUGCACGCCCCGGCGAGCGGACCUCUUGUCUGCGCCCUCGUCUCUCAGUUGUCACGCACCGCCCCGGGUGCGCAGCAUAUCAGAGUACUCGACCUCACCGUGUUGUAGUAAUAACAAUGGCAAUAACGGGCGGAGGAGUCACAUCCCUUGUACUCCAUCUAAACAUGACCACCCACGCAUACGCUCACAUACAUACAUACAUACACGUAUAUACAUGCAUACAUGCAUCCAUACAUGCACACGUACAAACAUACAUACACACAUACACUCACGGACUCACAUGUUCACAUAUGCGUCCCUCAUGGGCUAACACCUUUCUCCUCCCCCUCGUCACCCUUCUCAAAUCCCUCUUGCUCCCCAUUAUCAUCCCCCUCCACACACAUACACACUUAAGUACGCACCCGUGCACACACUCAGACACAUGCACCUUCUGGAGAGCCCCGGCCCGUUUUCGCACGUGUUGACGCGCUGUUGUGUGCCAUCUCCCUCCUGACGCCGUUCUCUUCCAGUUCGCGCAGUAUUUACCCUCAGGCCGGGCGGACGGGGAUGGGGGCGGAGCCCACCGGCCGGGCCCGUGGGGCACGGACGGAAUCAAAAGGCGGGCGGCGCUCGCUCGCCGCAGAAUCUCGGGCCUGGUCGCCCCCCAGCAGCUAGUGUAGUGUGUGGGAGGGGGGUCGCGGUGUGUACGGUGUCUGCGCGUGUCGGGCUCGGCGAUCCCAGCUGGCUAGUGCUGGAGUGCGCUGUACUGCAGCCUCUGACGCCGCCUGAACGGGACUGCAAGGCCACGAAACUGUAGCUUCGGACCGCAGGUGGACAGAACCGAAGCCCGGUGGACUGUGGAUCCUGGCCGUAGUGGACAGGGCUCGAGUCCGGUGGACUAGGUCCUGACCCCGUGCGGACAUCGCUGCAGCUCAGUGGUAUACAGUACCCGACACCGGGCGAGCAGGGCUGGAGAUCAGUGCAAUGCAGUUCCUGGCCACUGGUGGACAGGGCAUACAGUUCAGUGGGCUACAACCUGACCCUAGGUGGAAGAAGACGCUGUAGAGCUAGCGGAGACCUCCUCAGGCACGCCUGGGCAGAGAUAAGAGAGCAGUGUGCAGGAUGUAUUGUCCGUAAGUCCGGCCCGCUGGUGCCAAGAAAUUCGCUGGGCCGUCGCGCGGAGCACAAAGCUGUUCUUCAGUGCCAAAUACUCUUGACCGCCGUCUCCCCACCUCUGUCUGACAUGUUGUCAUAGCAAUAACUUGCAGAUAGACUUUAGUUUUGUAAAUGCGUACUUCGUGUUCAGUACCCUAGACUGAGAGCUGGAUCUUCCCUCUGUGUUCGAAAGGAAUGUGUCGAGGCGGGCGGCCGGUCCGCGUCCGGCGGCCGGGCCCGGCCCUGUAACGUCACGCACGGGCACGCACCGUCGGCCCGGCCGCCCGGCCGCCCGGCCGCCGGCCGCCCGCCUCCUAGCCGUAGGUCUUUCUCUGGCCCCCGGCCCCGUCGACUGUGGCUGGUAGCCGCCCUCUGUGAGAGGCGGACGGGUGCAGGGCGGCCGCGCUCCGCCCCGCCGCGUGCUCUCUGGUGACCCUGGCGGCGCCGUCGCAAACAUGCAACAGGGUGACGCCUCUGUUCAGCCCCCUCUCUUUCUAUCUGUGCCCCCUCUGUGUAGACUCUCCUAUUACUAUAGUGGUCAGACUUGUGACUAGUUAGCUUAGACGCUGCGGCGGACCCGCCAGCGGCCGGUUUUUGUAUAUAACCCUGCGGCUAGGUCCGGCCCGCCGGCGUCCCGCGGCCGACCGCCGCCGACUCGCCGUCGGCCGGGCCGCCGGCAGGCCGCGGCCCAGUGACCUAGCAUGGGUCAGUUGUGUCGUGUAGAUCGCUAUGUAGUUGUUCAGUGGCUGAACUUUCGUUUUCCUUUAUUCCUAGUUUCCAUGCAUUGUAGUAGUUCUCAAUGAAUAAACGUAGACACGUAGCGCGGCUUGUCGGCGCCAUCGUCGUCGGUUGACAGAGGCGGGCAUGCGGUGGACGUGUCUCCGCCGGAGACCGGUGUCCUGGCUCUCUCGCUCUCUCUCUGUCCCGAGCGGGCGCGCCGCCC